AAAAUGAAAAUCCAAGUGGCCAUCAUAGGAUGGGCAUACGCCACCUUCUGUCUGGUUCCAUACACUGAUGCUUUUUCUCAUGGUGCAAGCCUUGAAGCUUGUGUUGAUAUGAAGCCCAGACACAUCAGAGCCCAACUUCAGAAUCCCAGGAACAAUUACAUUACCAUCUUCACCAAUGUGUCCUCUUACUCCCCUGGUGACGAAGUACCAGUGACCGUGAGGAGUCGAGGGGAUUUCAUGGGAUUCCUGCUCCAGGCUCGCAGACUUUCUAAUGACCAAAUUGCCGGCACCUUCGUUUUCAUCCCUUCUGGUUCCAAACUGAUGUCUUGUUUUGAAGAGGCCAAUACAGUCACCCACUCAGACAAAUCCCCAAAGAGAAAUCUGUCGUUUGUGUGGAAGGCACCACAACAACCCACUGGGGACAUCAAGUUCUUUUUAUCAGUAGUCCAGUCAUAUUUCAUUUACUGGGAAAGGAUUGAAUCAACCAUCGUGUCUCAGCAGACACAAAACAGAACACUUUCUGAUGGCAAUGUGGAGCCAGCUAUGAGCCUACAGCAACCAAAUGGCCUAGAAGUCACAACCACAGUUUCUAGGCCCCAAAUCAUUCUUAUACAGCAUACACAGCCAGCAGAGUUGGCUGUCAUCAGCAGGACUGGAACGUCAGUGACAGACAGCUUGGAGCCUGUUCUUGGUGGCCUGACUACAGAGGUUCCUGAAGAGGAAAUGAAUCUGCUGAAACCCUAUCCUCUCCAUGACAUGUCAAUAGUGGCCACUAGCAGUGACCAAAGACGGCAGCCUGACUGGGAGAGUCAUGACAACGGUGGUGACCAAACCUUAGAACCGUCACUUAAUGUCCGAGGACUAGAGAAAACUUUGACCUUGGGAAGCUUCACAUUUGAGGAUUAUUCCUCCAGUCACAACAUACACAAUCGGACAGUAGGUGGCUCAGAUUCAGGCACUGCAGAGCCCUGCUUGCAUUGUGAUGAAGGUGAGCAGGAGAGGCCUGAGGCUUAUAACCUGACUCUGACCAGAUCUGCCUCCUCCAUGGGAGCUCCUUUCACCGCUCAUCUUUCCUACUCUCAGCUCAUCAUGGUCACCAAAGCAGAGGCCCAGACUGGUGGUGGACCCGCCAAUUCCAGCUUGGCCUCGAAGGCUUCUGCUGCCUUAAGGCAGGUGGCUCUAAGGCUAGCUGGCCUUCCCAAAUCCUCUGCCAACUUCUUGCCUCAGUCCCAGUACGUAGGUCACCGAGAAGAAGGCGAUGGAGAGGACAGCACCGGACUCCCUCAUCUGACCAGGCCAGUGCUCGAGACUGUAGGCGUCGGUCUGAAGGAAGACGGCUCCCCUCCAAGGACUGGGAUUGUGACCGCCCAGCUGGGGAUCCUUCUUUGCCUUUCAGCCACUCUUGGGAUGGCCUUGGCUGCCGGCCUGCGCUGCCUCCAUGCCCAGUACUGCCGCCAGAGGACCGAAGCGUCUUUCGGUGAGCCCGACAGUGACAUCAUUGCAGUGAGAGACAGCGGGGAAAGAACGCACUUCCGAAAGAUCCGAGAGAACAGCAUCAUGUUAGUUCAAGCCGAAUACAACUGGGUCACCCCCAAGGGAAGAGCUCAGAGAACCGCAGUGUGAAAACGCAAGUCCAGCGGGUCCUUCCCUCAGCUCUGGAGUGUUUAUUAGUGAUAGCCCUGCUCCUGACCAAUGCAGGGAAGCACAGGCGAUGCUCUUUAGCAAGGAUUCAGUACAGACAAAUGGUUGCUGCGUGGAAUAAGUAAUAUUAGCUUUAUCAACAGAGAGACUUCUUUCAGACACUUGUUUUCUUAACAUCUGUAAUUUAGCUCUUCCCCCC